AUGACGGAACCCCAGCAUGAUUCUUCGCCUGAUUCCGACGAUGUAGCUGAAAAGUUCGUGGAGUGGGUAGAGUUGCAUAAACAAGUGCUUGCUCCAUACUGCUCCCAAUCGGCGCCAGAGCCGGCGCGUGUCAAACGUCCCCGAUCAUACGUCCACUGUGAUCGUGAAGAGGCCCAUGUACGUCUUAUGCAAGACUACUUCAACGACAAUCCGACGUGCGAUCCUACUUUUUUUGGGCGUCGUUUUCGAAUGCAGAAGGAGAUGUUCUUGCACAUCGUCGAUGAUGUUCAAGCCACCGAGGUUAGUGCGGAUAUUUUUGACGAGUAUCUCAAAGUCGCCGACUCUACCGGGCAUGUAUGCCUCAAGAAGUUCUGCAAGGCGGUCAUCCGGACUUUCGGAGCCUAUUACCUGCGCCGUCCAACGCCCACGGACGUCCAACGCCUCCUUCAUAUGCACGAGGCGCAACACGGUUUUCCCGGGAUGCUCGGGAGCUCAGACUGUAUGCAUUGGGCGUGGAAGAACUGCCUAAAGGCGUGGCACGACGCCUACACAUGCGGUGAAGCGGCUCUCAAUUGGAGAGAUGGCGAUGGGGCGUCUAGCAGUACUUCGACAGAGAGUGCUCAACAAACACCGGUGUCCUUCGAGGAAUACGUACGAAGAGAUUCAAUUCUUCGAGAUAGACAUCUACAUGCUCAGCUCCGAAAUGAUUUGGUGGAGCACCUUUGGGCACAUUUCGGACCUCUAGGGCCAGAGUAG